AUCCCAAUAGAAAAGCAACAAAUCCCUCGAAAAGAAAAAUCCGGACCAGCAGCUGCCACCCCAAAUCCAUUCGGCUCGAUCCGCUCAUCGAACUCCUCGACCAAAUCCGGGCGCGAAUGGGGGAGCUACGGCGUCGUUCCGAUUCCAGUCCACCGGCGGAGGCGCCGGGGUUGGUACGCGUGGGAUGCGGGAGCCGAGAGCAGCCGUCCCGGCCAGGCGGCUCUAACUGGCGGCGUCGCUCGACCAAUCCGACGGCGCCGGCGAGCCGUUCAUGGCGGCGGUCCAGGAGGACGACGCGACGGCCGUGGGGCGGCAGUACGCUGCGAAGAGCAGCGAGCCGCCGUAGACGGUAGCAGCUGCACGGCCUUUUGGAUUUGGAUUCGGUCUCGGUGCUUGCGGUGUGUGUUCGUGGCGACGCAUGGCUGCUGUUCUGAUAAAACAAACAAAGUUGAGUUUUUUCUCGUUCCAUUUCCAUUAUCAGCGUAUUCUGAUUUCGUUACCAUUUGCUUGGCAUUAUCUGAACCAAACAUCUCCUCGUGGUCCACGGCAAGCGUCCUUACAGUUACAGAGCGAGGUUUCCCCUGUCGCACUCUCCAAUCUGAAUGCCCGGCAGCCAUUUUUCUUUGCGCGUGAAGCGACCUUUGGAGACUUUGGAGUCAGGUCUCCUGCUUUCUUGGCCGACAAUAUUACUACUCCGUUGUAGCUAUGCGAUGGUUGUCCAGUUUCUAGUUUACCUUCCAAUUCCAUUUCUGCAGCCCAACUGGUCUGAAGAAGCACACACCCCUCAAUUAGUCUCUUGCUGGAAGAUGAGGAAGAUGGCCUUUAGGGGCACUUCUUGUAUUCCAAUUUUGAUCCUCCCAUUCCUGAGUUCACUCUGCCAAUCCGAUGACCAGCUCACACAUGCAAAGCCGCUCUCCGCCAGCGACAUGCUCGUCUCCAAGGGCGGGGACUUUGCGCUCGGCUUCUUCUCCCCGAACAGCUCCAACACAAGCUUGUACCUUGGCAUAUGGUACAACAGCAUCCCUGGUCGCACCGUUGUAUGGACCGCCAACCGCGACGAUCCAAUCGCCGCAACUUCAUCUCCGAUGCUCGCCAUCACCAACAACUCCGACCUGGUGUUGUCUGACUCCCAAGGUCACACUCCUUGGGUGGUGAAGAGCGGCAUCACGGGCGUGGGAGUUACUGCGGUGCUGCGUUCGUCGGGGAACUUUGUCCUCAUGUCUCCAAAUGGCACAUCCAUAUGGCAGAGUUUUGAUUACCCGACAGACACCAUUCUCCCCGGUAUGAGGAUCUACCUGAGCAAGAGGGCUCAUGUUGUCAGACGCCUAAUUGCUUGGAAUGGGCCCAUUGACCCAUCCACUGGAGAUUUUUCUUUGGGCCUUGACCCCAAAUCGAACCUUCAGUUCGUCAUUUGGCAGGGGACCAUGCCCUACUGCCGCCUCAAUAUGCUAAAUAAUGAGUCGGUCGGCAGUGGCAUAUACCAGAACACAAUCUUCACCGAAGUUGUUACUGAAACAGGGGAUGGGUUCUACUAUAAAUUCCUCGUCUAUGAGGGCUCACCGUAUUCACGUGUUAUGCUCGACUACAUGGGCGUGUUCAGGUUUCUUAUCUGGAAUAACCGCUCAUCUUGGGCGACCGUCACCGAGCACCCCGCUAGCAGCUGUGACCUCUAUGCUUCAUGUGGCCCAUUCGGCUAUUGCGACAGCAUGGGGACUGUCGCAACAUGCCGUUGUCUCGAUGGGUUUGAACCCGCUGGUGUUAACUUUUCGAGCGGAUGUAGAAGAACCAAGGCACUGAAAUGCGGCAAGCCAAGUCAUUUCGUGCCCUUGCCUAGGAUGAAGGCCCCUGACAAGUUUUUACAUGUCCUCAACAGAAGCUUUGACGAAUGCACGACCGACUGCAGCAACAAUUGCUCAUGUACAGCUUACGCCUACACAAACUUGAGCAGUAACGGCGCUACGGCCGACCAGUCAAGGUGCUUGCUUUGGACAGGGGAGCUUGUCGACACAGGGAAGUAUAGCAACUAUGACGACAAUCUGUAUCUUCGGCUUGCCAACUUUCCUGUUCGAAAUAAUAGCAAAUUGGUAAAAAUUGUAGUCCCAACCAUGGCUUGCGUGUUGAUACUCGCAUGCCUCUUUGUCGGGAUAUUCAAAUACAGAGCAAGCAAACCAAAGAAGUAUGGAAUCCACAAUGGAGCAAUGCUAGGUUACCUUAGCUCGUCUAAUGAGAUUGGAGGUGAACAUGUGGACUUCCCUUUUGUUAGCUUUGAAGAUAUUUCCACUGCAACCGAUAAUUUCUCUGACUCUAAACAAAUCGGAAGUGGAGGUUUCGGCAAAGUUUACAAGGGAAUCCUUCAAGGGGACAAUGAAGUUGCUAUCAAAAGACUUAGUAAGGGUUCUGGGCAAGGGAUACAGGAGUUCAGAAAUGAGAUAAUUCUGAUUGCCAAAUUGCAGCACAAAAACCUUGUUAGACUUCUUGGUUGCUGUAUUUUUGGGGAUGAGAGAUUACUUAUAUAUGAAUAUUUACCAAACAAAAGCUUGGACGCCUUCCUUUUUGAUGAUACAAGACAAUAUGUGCUUGAUUGGCCUACACGCUUCCAAAUAAUUAAAGGGGUGGCUAGAGGUCUUCUUUACCUCCAUCAAGAUUCAAGAUUAACUAUAAUUCACAGAGAUCUCAAACCAAGCAACAUCUUGUUGGAUUCCGAAAUGACUCCCAAAAUAUCAGAUUUCGGUAUGGCAAGGAUCUUUGGUGGAAACAAACAAGAAGCAAAAACUACCCGGGUUGUUGGGACAUACAGUGGUUACAUGUCGCCUGAAUAUGUUAUGGGAGGCGCCUUUUCUGUAAAAUCCGACACGUAUAGCUUUGGUGUUCUUCUCUUGGAGAUUGUAAGUGGCUUGAAGAUCACCUCACCGCAACUGGUAGAGAACUUUGUCAGCCUAACAACUUAUGCAUGGAGACUAUGGGCAGAUGGAAAAGCAAGAGAACUGGUGCACUCUUCAUUUGUUGAGGAUUGUUCACUAAAUGAAGUUGUACGGUGUAUUCAAGUCUGUCUCUUGUGUGUUCAAGACCGUCCGGAUGAUAGGCCACUCAUGUCAUCGGUAACUUUUAUGCUGGAGAAUGAAAGUGCGUCGCUUCCAGCACCAAAGCAGCCAGCAUAUCUUGGUCUACAGAAUUUCGAAAGUGAAGAAUCAAGGGAGAACUCUAUGAAUACAGUGAGUAUCACAGCAGUCGAGGGGCGUUGAGCGUUAUAUAUGCAAAUUUCAGUAUCUGAAGCCAUAUACUUUAUGAUUUACAGAUAUUUGAAAUACGAUUUCUUCGGUAGGUCAUUGUGUUGCACACAGAAUGGCUGUGAAUUGAGAAUUCAUCCAGAAUGUUCUAUUUCGAACAAAUGUAUUUCUUUUCUUGCUCUGUACGCUGUUGGCAUUAUCUACAAUGUCUUGUUCA